GCAAAAAUGGCCUUUGAUCCAUACACCCAAAGCAUCACCAUCCACAGCCCGCCAGGCCCCCCAAUCAAAAUCCCCAUCCCGGAAAUCGACCGCUUCAACGAAGAAACCGCCAGCAUCAUCAUAAACUACGGCGCCCAGCUCGGCGCCUCCAUCACCAUGCUGCUCGUCAUCCUCCUCACUGUCCCGACGCAAAAGUUCCUGCGCGCCUCCAACCUCCUCCACAUCCUAGCCCUGCUCGUCUGCGUCUUCCGCACCGUCUUCCUCGUCCUCUACUUCAUCUCGCCGUUUUCGCACUUUUACCAGGUCUGGAGCGGUGAUUAUUCGCAGAUUCCUGCUUGGAACUUUCGUACUAGCAUUGCUGGCGCUGUCCUCCCGAUGCUUCUCACCGUCACUACGGAGGCGGCGCUCAUGCACCAGGCUUGGACCAUGGUCUCGCUCUUUGCAAACAAGACAAAAUAUGCAAUCACCUUCUUAUCCCUGCUCCUCACUCUCAUCGCCAUCGCUUUCAGAGUCGCGUAUACCGUGGCCGAGUGCAAGAGCAUCAUCGACUUAGUUUCAGCUGAAAAGUAUGCCUGGCUGAUCAAGACGACGCUCAUCUGGAACACCUGCUCGGUUGGCUGGUUCUGCGCCUUGUUCAACUCCAAACUGGUCUGGCACCUGGUCAGCAACCGGGGCGUGCUUCCUUCUCGCCGGGCCAUGACCCCGAUGGAGGUGCUCAUCAUGGCCAAUGGAAUCCUCAUGAUCUUUCCAGUUAUCUUCGCCACCCUCGAAUGGUACCACUUCAUCAACUUCGAAGCCGGCUCCCUAACGCCCACCACCGUCGCAAUCAUCCUCCCACUAGGUACCCUGGUCGCCCAACGCCUGUCCCAAACCUCGCCGGCCCCCUCCACCGAUCCCUCCUCCUAUCCGUCUUCCUCCUACCAAGCUCGCUACAAGGCAACCCGCGACUCUUCUCGCACGCCAUUCAAGUCCGGCUCGCUCUUCUCAGCCACCACAAACAGCUCAGCCCCUCGAUCUCAACUCGUCGACACCACUGUCCUGGCUCCCGUCCGCGAUGUCAUCGACCCAAUCGAUCUCGAGCUCAGACAGAUUGAUGGGUAUUUGCAGCCAAAGGAGAUUCACGUCAGAGCAGAGCCAGGCGAAGGUCAGUUCCACAAGUAG